GGGCGGUUCGUUCAGCAGGUCCAGCCAAUGAACUGAUCCAUCACAACCCGCACUGGAAUGCUAUUGGUUCGCGUUUUGGUCAGCACAGGCUUUUAAAGGGGAGAAACUUCAGCAAACUAAAUAGCUAGGAGUCAAAUCAGACCGAUUCCUCCAUUUAAAAGAUUCGUUCAGCCAAAGAUUCUUCCAUAAGCGAGAUUAUGUUUAUAGACAUCAGGCAAAAUCUAUAUGUUACACGGAAACUUCUAUCAGGAGGACGUAAAUGGUUUUGUAUUUAAGCAGGCUGAGAAAACGGGCAAAAAUCUUACAAAUAGGAUAUUGUUAUGGCACAAUUAAAUACCACAGUGAAAUUUAUAACACGCCAGACUUAUAGAUGCGCAAAACUUAGAUACAUAGAGCAAGUGAAUCGUAAAAACACAAUAGAGUGAUUUUUUUGCAGGUUUAGAACCCGCCCAUAGAAAGAGACUUGCAAACGUCAUGGUUUUCUCGCCUCAUGUUAUUUUUCUAGACAAUCAGCAGAUUACAGUCGAUCCCUUUGAGGAAUGUCUUGUGUGCGCAAAAGGACGAAAUCCCAGGAGUUAGUUUACCAAGAGCAGUGCAAGAUCGUGGCAUACGAGAAUGGCAAACGCAUAGGUCUGGAUGGAGACCCGGACCUGCAGUUUUUGCUGAAAGGUGGAAACCUAAUAAAGGUGAAGUCCAGGUCAUGGAGGAAGACCCGCUUCUUUCGGCUGAACGAUGACUGCAAGACUAUGUGGCAACAGACCAGCAAGACUUUCAAGAGGGACUCCGGCUUCAGUCUUGAGGACGUCGAUUUUGUGCGGUAUGGCCGUCAGACUGAAGGGCUGCAGAAGUACACUGACCUCUCAUUCGAGGACCGCUGCUUCUCCGUCGUCUUCAAAAGUCGACGGAAGACCGUGGACUUGAUCGCCUCAUCCAAAGAGGAGGCCAAGCAGUGGGUCAGCGGUCUGGAGAAGGUCAUAACUGGCAUGUACAACCUCAACCGACUACAGAACUCCGAACACUGGAUCUAUAGCUGCAUGCGCAAGGCAGACAAGAACUCAGACAACAAAAUGACCUUGAAGGAGUUGAAGCAUUUCCUACGUCAGAUCAAUAUUGAGGUUAGCGACAGUUACGCUGAGAUGCUCUUCCAGAAAUGUGACACAUCAAUGUCAGGCACUCUAGAGGGAUCUGAGAUCAAACUUUUCUACGAUUUACUGACUUACCGUAAGGAAGUUGAUAUGAUCUAUGCGAAGUAUGCUCAUACUAAUGGACAGAUGAGCUCCGGCGACCUGUUGAACUUCCUCCAAUAUGAGCAGAGGGAGCCAGUGUCUUUGGAGUAUGUGCAGAAGCUUAUCGAAAAAUAUGAGGUGGAUGAAACAGCCAAACAGAACAAGUACAUGAGCAAAGAUGGUUUCCUGAUGUACCUGAACCAUGAGGAAUGCUCCAUCUUUAACCCUGCCCACAAAGGCAUAUACCAAGACAUGCACCAACCGCUAAAUCAUUACUUCAUUUCCUCUUCCCACAACACCUAUCUGAUGGGGGACCAGCUGAAGGGUGCUAGCAGCACAGAAGCCUAUAUCAAAGCUCUGACGAAGAGCUGCCGCUGUGUGGAGCUGGAUUGCUGGGAUGGUGCAAACGGAGAGCCAGUCAUUUACCAUGGCCAUACACUCACAUCCAAAGUGCUCUUCAAAGAUGUCAUCAAGGCCCUCAAAGAAUAUGCUUUCAAAACCUCACAGUAUCCAGUGAUCCUGUCUUUGGAGAACCAUUGCUCCGUAGAGCAGCAGAAGAUCAUGGCCUAUCACUUAACCUCCAUCUUGGGCAGCGCUUUGCUCACUCACCCCCUGGGGGAUCAAAUGCCCAACACUUUUCCAGGACCUGAGGAGCUGAAGGGACGUUUCCUGAUCAAGGGCAAGCGUUUGAACAAACUAGAUGCGGCAUUCAACAACAACACCACCGAGGAUGUGGACAGUGUGUCAGAGGAAGAUGAAGCUGCUGAAGUCAAAGAGGCUGAACAGAAACCAAAGGAUAAGAGUUCCAAAAAGAUCAAGCUGGCUAAGGAGCUGUCAGACCUGGUCAUCUACUGUAAGAGUGUCCAUUUCAGCACCUUCGAGCAUUCAAGAGACAACCACAGUUUCUAUGAAAUGGCCUCCUUCAAGGAGAGCAAAGCAAUGAACCUGGCAGAAAACUCAGCUACAGCAUUUAUUCAUCACAACAUGGAUAAGCUAAGCAGAAUCUACCCAGCCGGCUCCAGAACCGAUUCAUCCAACUACAAUCCAGUGCCACUGUGGAACUCUGGCUGCCAAAUAGUGGCUCUAAACUUCCAGACUCCCUGUAAGGAAAUGGAUCUGAAUCAGGCCCGCUUUCUACCUAAUGGCAAGUGUGGCUACAUACUUAAGCCAGAGUUUCAGAGGGACCCGGCCUCUCAGUUUGACCCCAAAAACCUCAGUGUAGGCCCCUGGCUUCAGAAAAAGACCUUGCAUCUCACGAUCAUCUCAGCCCAGCAGCUGCCUAAGAUCAAUAAGGACAAGCAGACGUCCAUCGUGGACCCUCUGGUCAGGGUGGAGAUCUACGGUGUGCCCGCCGACAAUGCCAGCAAACAGACACAUCACAUUGACAACAAUGGUUUCAAUCCUACGUGGAACACAAACUUCCAGUUCACUGUUCACGUGCCGGAACUGGCUUUGGUGCGGUUUGUGGUGGAGGACUAUGAUGCUGCUUCCCAUAAUGACCUGGUUGGCCUGUACACCCUGCCCUUCACCAGCAUGCAGAAUGGAUACCGCCAUGUGCCUCUGCUCACAAAAAGAGGAAGCCUCAUUCCUUCAGCGGGACUGUUUGUACACAUCAUGGCUCUUGAUGCUGAAUAAACUCCAACAUUCCCCUCAGUCAUUGCAAUGUCAAAGUGUGCAGGUCACUGAACAGCACAAUCAACUAAACUGUCCUCUGUAAACACUUUUUGGAUAAGAUUUGGACCUUUCCGAUGUAAUUUCUGAUUGUCAAUGAAAGUGUUUUUGUCCAAACAUUCCCAUUAAGACUUCAUUUUAGUCUUGAUUAUUUCUUUGUUAAACAGAUUUAAUUUUAACAAUACCAUCUCCUUUGUUUAGUGUUGUGUUGAACUGUAGUAAUAUUGUUCAAUAUUUGUUAGUCCCCAUUUUUACAAUGACUUCAGUUUUAACACAACGUGUUCUUUAUAUGAACUCAGGAUCAAAUGAUGGACAAUGCACCAUUUACCCCAUAUGACCAAUAUUUUCUGAUAAACAUGUUCAGCUAUCAAUUAUAAUCACAUUAUAUGAGAAUCUGAACACUAGGCAUGUAUUGAAUUAUCUUGUCAGAGCAGUAGAAGUGUUGCACUACAUAUUUGUAUAAUGUAAAAGAAUGGAAAAAAGUUAUAAAUUUACAAACAGUAGCUGUGCUCUAUAUUUUUUAAAGUGCUUGUUUUGUAUUCAUUGUUGUUGGUAAAGGUAUUACUGCUUUUAUCUGCUCUUUUUCUAGAAAUAUUUCUAUUUUUAUGUUGUUCUUAACUUAUCUAAUGUGCCUUAAAGGAAAAUUGUUACACAGGCUGUUACUGUCUACUUCAACAAUAUUAAGCCCUUACAACAUCUGUUUCUAAUUUCCUGUUCUGACAUUCUCCUAACAGGAAAGAACUGUUGCAAAAAUGCUAUUAUAUGCAUUAAAACUGAAUGAAACAUUUCAGAAACA